CGACACCUCCCAAGUGUCUGCCUACCCCCACUCAAGCCAUAGACGGGUCUUUGGCCAUUGCUCCUAGACUUUUAUUCCUAUUUCUAAUUCCCUCCCUCUAAUAAUUCCCAAUGGCAUCAGAAAAGAAAUGGGACGCCCGCUAUUUAGACCCUAAGGCCCCUCAUGACAUCGGCUACUACUCGAAAGCCCUCAUCGGUGGUGCCCUUGCCUGUGGUGUCACCCACGCUGGCAUCACUCCUCUUGAUGUAACGAAAUGUAACAUGCAGGUGGACCCGAGCAAAUACAAGGGCCUCGUUUCCGGUCUUAGGACUCUCGUAGCAGAAGAGGGUUCAACGGGUAUCUGGAAAGGCUUCGGCCCGACUUUCGUCGGUUAUUCGUUCCAGGGAAUGUUCAAGUACGGUCUCUACGAGGUGUUCAAAGACGCGUACUCCAACCUUGCUGGCGAAGAGAAUGCACAGAAAUACAAGUCUCUCAUCUGGCUCACUGGUUCAGCAUCCGCUGAAGUCUUUGCGGAUAUCGCCCUCUGCCCGUUCGAGAUGACCAAGGUCAAAAUUCAGACGUCACCCCAGGGCACGUUCCCCACUGCAUUUGGUCCAGCCCUUGCUAGAAUGAGUGCGCUCAAGGCGGAGACUCGCUACCCCUUCGGCUCAAUCGGCCCUCUCUGGUCGCGUCAGAUCCCAUACACGAUGGCCAAGUUCUUCUUCUUCGAGAAGAUCGCCCAGCUAUUCUACACACACGUUUUCACGAAGCCGAAGAACGAGUAUGGUAAGAGUACGCAAUUGGGUGUUACGUUUGCGUCGGGUUACGCUGCUGGUGUUGUCUGCGCGAUUGUUUCUCACCCUGCGGACUCGCUUGUAUCGCAAAUGGGUAAGCAGUCGAAUAAGGGGAAGAGUAUUGGGGCGAUUGCUAGUGAGGUUGGAGCUAUGAACUUGAUGACGAAGGGUCUUGGCACUCGUGUUUUGAUGAUUGGUACUCUUACUGGCUUCCAAUGGUGGAUCUACGACUCUUUCAAGACCGCCAUGGGCAUGGGUACUACGGGUGGCAAGUAAACUGCGACGACGACGGACAUACCCUUCACCAUCAUCACCCUAUCGAAAACUCCGCGCAUUCGUUGCUUUUGGCAUCCAUCCCUGUCACAUUAUGUUGCUAUUGCAUUUUAUACACUUUGUCUAUUGCGCUUUCUUUCAAUAGACGCUCCAAUAGAGCUUCCUUUCUACUAC